AUGACAAACUCGGGAUUGGCGUAUUCUGUCUCUUUGGUUGAAUAUGUGUCGUCGCAAAGGAUCCAAGCGUAUCUUGAGAUACCUGCGAUGACGGUUCUGAUCUAUGACUUCUUCCUCACUUUAGAUGAUGAGGUUGAAUAUAUCUGGAAACGAACUAAAACCAUAAGCAGCUACCUCUUCUUUGUGCAAAGAGUUUUGGCCGUACUCAGUCUCAUGCCAUCUGCAUCAAGUGUCAUUUCUAUGGGCUCGUAUUUUGAUACCGGGUUGGUGAUGUGCGGUCGUGGAGGACCCUCCUUUAACUUGCUGGGCAACGUUCUUCUAUUUCUAAGCGAGUUUCUUGUCGGCGUAUACCUUCUCCUCAGGAUCUGGGCCUUGUACGAAAAAUCACUUCGUGUAAUGAUGUCGGGUGUUGUUUGGUGCAUAUGUUACAUAUCCACUCUCGUGGUGGUCAUUAUUGGGAAAAGUGCGAAAGGCGGUCUAACAGGCGGUGGAUGUGAUACUGGUAGUGCACCAUCGACAUCACACAAAACGGCCGUCACAUGGGGACUCCUUAUUCUGAAUGAAACCAUUAUUUUUGUAUUAAUCAUGUACAAAAUGACCGAGGCCAGGCGGCAGAGCUCUUUGCCUAACUUUAGGCCACUUGGGAAUCGCAGAAUCUCUUUAGAAGAAUUGAUUGUAAGAGAUGGCGCUAUGUAUUAUAUGGUGGUUAUCCUCGUCAGUGUGGCCAAUAUGAGCAGCUACUUUGUUCGUAUACUGCUCCUUUAA